CUCGCCUCACUGCACACCACUGCCCUCCUCCAAUCUCGUCGCGCCGGUAAAAGCCCCCACGCGCGCCUCCCGUCCGGCUCCUCCCCUCUCCGCGUCCCGGCUCCAUGGGCGGCCUGUCGGUGAUCGCGCCCCCCGCGCGGGACACGGCGUCGCCGCAGCACCGCCGCGCGCGCCGGGCGUUCCUCGUCUCCAACUACCUCAUCCUGGGUUGCGCGUCCGGGUGCGGCUUCCUCACGCUGUCGCUCCGCCUGGUCCCCUCCGUGGACGGCUUCCUCCUCAUCCUGCUCCACGCGCUCACCGUGGCCGCCGCCGUGGCCGGGUGCGCCGUCAUCGCGGCGCCCGACCCGCCGCGCGGCCGCUGCUACACCGCCCACAUGUCCGCCACCGCCGUCGUGUCCAUCCUGCAGGGCGCCGCCGCCGUGCUCGCCUUCUCCCGCACCUCGGAGUUCCUCGCCGGCGGGCUCCGGUCGUACGUCCGCGAGGAGGACGGCGCCGUCAUCCUCCGCAUGGUCGGCGGGCUCGGCGUCGCCAUCUUCUGCCUCGAGUGGGUCGCGCUCGCGCUCGCCUUCGUGCUCAGGUACUACGCCUACGUCGACAGGGAGUGCGGCGGCAACCCGCAGCGCCGCAGCGCCAAGGUCGGCGGCGAGGACGGCGCCGGCACCUGGCCCUUCCAGGUCUGAGGACUGGUCACACUGGCCUUGGCUGCGGGAAGGUGGAACUGAGAACCGUGUGCUCUUGGAAGGGAAAUCAAGCGUCGAGUGUUGUUCUACUGGUAGAACUGUGUGUGUGGGAAUGAGAUGGGAUGCUGUGAUUCGUUUAUUGGUUUAUUAUGUGUCUCGUAUUUGUAAGGCUGUUAUAUCUAUAUAAUUAUUUAUGUGUCUUGCGAUCGA